AGGAUGAGGUAUUUGCACGCACGUCCUCUAAUAAACAAAGGCCAGAUCAGAGCUUAACCAGCCAAUCUGUCCAACGUGAAACCCCCUGUUUUAAAGGGCAUUCCCUAUUUCUCUUACCUCCUCCCUUGUCUUCUUCACUGUGCUAAUCCCUUUUCCAUUCUCUAGCUAGCCAUACCCGCCUUCUCCAUCACAUAUAUAUAUCAUCUCACAGUGCUUUGUAGCGGGAUCGAGAGCUUGAAGAAUUGUUUCCAGAAAUGGACAGUAGGUUCAACAACAGCAACCGGAAUAUCAGUGAACAAGAUGACACUGAUAUAGCUCAAGAAAACAGUGCAGAAUCCCCUCCUUCCGCUGUCUUUAAUAUCGAUAGCUUCGUCGCUUCUACGUCUUCCCCCAAAAGAAGCAGGCGAGCCAUACAGAAGCGGGUAGUGCAAAUCCCAAUCAAGGAAGCAGAAGGGUCUCGGCUUAAAGGAGAGAGCAAUACUCCGCCGUCUGAUUCUUGGGCUUGGAGAAAGUACGGCCAAAAACCCAUCAAAGGUUCCCCUUACCCCAGAGGAUACUAUCGAUGCAGUAGUUCCAAGGGAUGUCCAGCGAGAAAACAAGUCGAAAGGAGCCGCGUGGACCCGACCAUGAUCGUCGUGACCUACUCUUGCGAGCACAAUCACCCUUGGCCGGCUUCUCGAAAUCACCACCACCACAAAUCCGCCUCCAGCAAAGCCAUCGCCCCAGCCGAACCCGUCGCGGCCCAGGUCGAGCAGGAAGCGGAGCCAGAACCGGAGUAUGAGGAGAAGUUCGUGGAGCUCGGGGACGGGUCAUUGAUGAGCACGGGGGACGAGCUGGGAUGGUUCGGGGAAAUGGAGAGGACGGCAACGACGUCGUCGGCUGUUCUGGAGAGCACAAUUCUGACAGGGGAAGACACAGACGUGGCUUCCAUGUUGCUGCCGAUGAGGGAGGAGGACGAGUCGCUGUUCGCGGACCUGGGAGAGCUGCCGGAGUGCUCGUUGGUGUUCCGGCGAGUGGGGAUGGAAAGAGAGGAAGAGAGGCGACGGCGGGCGGCGGCGUGGUGUGGGACCACAAGUUAAAGAGGGAGAAGUGUUCCUGAUUGACACGUUUUCUGGGUGGAGCCGGACAGAGGAAGAGAGGUUUGGUGGCAUAUUGGCAUCGUGUGCCCACCAGACACCAAAAAUUUCAGAUUUUUCUUUUUUCGGUUUUAAUAUUGUGGGGAGGGGGAAUAGGAUGGGGAUUGGCCAUUUGUAACAUGUUUGGGCUGGCGAAGUGAAUUCAGCGUAGGAGGAAGGAAGGGAAAAAUAGAAAAGAAAAGAGAGGACAAGUGGAAGAGAAGAAGAGAGGUGGAGGGGGGGAGAUGCGUCCCACGGCGGGUGUAAUUAGCAUCACCUUGAGCCUUGCUUCUUCUUUUAAUAUUUACAGCUGGCAUUUCUCCUA